GAGUCAACGGAACGUGGAAUAACUGCUUUGACGCUCCGAUCAGAUUCAUCAUCUCUCUGCGUCGCUGCAAGCAAUUAUCUUCGACGGAAUUGGGCUCUCACCCAUCUUUCUGUACAAUUCUGUUUCUUGGUCAACUUUAGCCAUGAACACCACCGUCGUUGCUCAGUUGCAGAGACAAUUUCAAGACUACAUCGUUUCUCUUUAUCAACAGGGAUUUCUGGAUAAUCAGUUCUCUGAGUUGAGAAAGUUGCAAGAUGAAGGCACUCCUGAUUUUGUAUCUGAAGUUGUCUUUCUCUUCUUUGACGAUUGUUCCAAGCUUAUAAAUACCAUGUCUACAUCCCUGGAGCAGCCAGAUAAUGUGGAUUUCAAACAGCUAGAUUCAGGUGUCCAUCAACUCAAGGGUAGUAGCUCAAGUGUUGGUGCAAAAAGGGUCAAAAAUGUGUGUAUAUCUUUCAAGGAAUGUUGCGAUGUUCAGAACCGUGAAGGGUGUUUAAGGUGUUUGCAGCAGGUGGAUUAUGAAUAUAAGAUGUUAAAGACCAAACUUCAGGAGUUGUUUAAUUUAGAGCAACAGAUCCUCCAAGCUGGUGGUACAAUUCCUCAAGUGGAUAUAAGCUAGACCGAUGCGUUUCUCGAAUUAUGCAAAUGUACAAGGCUGAUGACACGAUGAAACCGACACUCCUCUGUAGUUUUUUGUUGUUGUUGUUGUUAUUGUGUUCUAUUUUGAUUAAUGAGGUUCAGCAACACUGUCCCUGGCCAGAUACCCUGACUUGUUUAGACUAUUAAUUGAGUUCUAAGAGUAAAAAUUGAGUUUAUAA